GCGAAGGGGAAAGAGAGAGAGAGAGAGAAAGAGAGAGAAAGAGAGAGAGAGAGAGAGAGAGAGAGGAGCCGAGUCAAGACUUCACUUGUCAGUAGUGACCUGCUCCCUCACACACGUUCCCCUCCUCUUUAGGUAAAAUGUCAAAGUUGGAUCAGGUCCUCGUUCUCGAGCCUCCCGUGGACCUCAAAUUUAAAGGUCCAUUCACAGAUGUCGUCACUACCAACCUCAAGCUGAAGAACCCGUCUGACAGAAGAGUGUGUUUCAAAGUCAAGACGACAGCGCCGCGUCGCUACUGCGUACGGCCCAACAGCGGCGUCAUCGAAGCGGGAGCUGCCGUCAAUAUCUCUGUUAUGCUACAGCCCUUUGACUAUGACCCCAACGAGAAGAGCAAACACAAAUUCAUGGUGCAGACCAUCUUCGCUCCAUCCAACGUCUCCGACAUGGACUCUUUGUGGAAAGACGCGAAACCCGAUGACCUCAUGGAUUCCAAGUUGAGAUGUGUCUUCGAGCUGCCUUCUGAAAACGAUAAGAUGAAUGACGUGGAGGUGAGUAAAGCCGCUCCGGUGAUGAACUCUGCCAAGGUUGACCCGCCCUCAGCAGCAACAGCAGCAGCACCCGCCACCCCAAUCAUGGCCACCGCCUCUGCCUCCUCAUUGGAUGACAGCGAGAUGAAGAAAUUGCUGGAGAAGUGCAAGCGGCUGCAGGCCGAGAUGAGCAAAAUGUCAGAGGAGAACCGGCACUUAAAGGACGACAGCGCUCGCUUGAGGAAGAUGGCACGCUCGGAUCAGGCGACCGCCAACUCGGCCGCCUCCCUGCCCUCCCUCCUGGUGGUCAUUGCGGCCAUUUUCAUCGGCUUCUUCCUAGGGAAGUUCAUCUUGUAGACUCGUGAGUCGGCGGUGGCAUCUCCGCCCCUCCGUCCCUCGAGCCAAGUGUUUGUGUGUUGAUGUCCGCCAUCUCACCGCUAGCGUGGGCCCCCAGGCCAACACGCGUGUACGCCAAAGGCGCCUUUUUUAUUUUUUUUUAUUUUUUUUUUAUUUUUAUUUUUUUUUCUUUUCUCCCCCCCCCCUCAUAACCUUCUCACACGGUUAAGCGCGUGCAGGCGUCCAGAAAGCAAAGGUGACGACAAAGCAAUUUUGUAAAUUUUUAUUUUUUUUAUUUUUUUUUGAAGGUUGCAGGUCAUGUGACAGGAAGUGAUCUGUCAGUCCAAAUGGAAGUAAAUCAAAACUACCACUCUC